AUGCCAGGAACCAUCUUGGUUUCAGUUCUUAAAUUCAUGGACCUGCCGUCUUCAUCAUCAUCUUCUUCAACAUCAAUAAAGGGUGAGAAACUGUUUCAUCUGAACCCAUUGACGACUCUUCGGGACAACAUGCUUGUUAUUCUUCAAGAUUCUGAAGGGAAUCAGAUAUCAGAAACAGGAAAUGCAGCUAUUGAGACCAGGUCCAUAGUUGAAAAGGGUCUUUGGGAUGACUUCUUUCCCCUCAAAGGAGUUUGUACUCAAGUUAGUGACAAUUUCUUGCAGCGAGAAUCUGCAGUGAAAAAGAAGCACGGGGAGUUCAUUCAUAGCAGUCCCAUGACCAAUAGUGAUGCAGAUAGGAAUGCAGAGACUUCAUCAGCCAUCACUGUGAAGCAAAGUGUUAAUUUGUCUCCAACUGAAUUGAGUCGCGGGGGUUUAGUUGAUAACAUCAAUAUCCAACCACUUCCUACUAUGAUUCCUGCUGAAGCAAUUUGCGCUGAUGAACCUGCAAGGUUAUUAAGAGCCUCGCAACCAGUUAUUGGUAUAACAAAUCUUCCUAAGCUUCAGGAAGAUGAGAAUUGCAAACUCGAAAAGCAGCAGAGCCCACUGAAGAAAAGUUCCAGCGUAAAGAACAUGAUAAGUGCCUUUGAAACUGGUUUAGCUGAGGAUAAGAAGCCUCACAUCAAACCAUCACCGAUGAAAGUUCAAUCAAACAAAACUUUAACAGGCAAUUUUCCGAAGAACCAGAACUUAAAAGAAGACAAGAAGAAAGUAAAUACAGAAACUUCAGAGUCAGUAUCAAAACGGGCAGUGAAUUCUUUACCUCCAGGACAGUUGCAACAUGACAGGACAUAUGGUGGAAGCAGUGAGAAAAAUAUAUCACUUGAAGCUUUAGGUGGGACUAAAUCAUCACAUGACACAGGUAUUAAGAGUAGAUCCAAACUAUUACAUCAAGAAGUUCACAUAAAUGAGGAUAAGGUCCUCACUGAUUUCAGUACAACAUCAUCAGAAAUAGUAGUUAAAGUUUCAGAGAGGGUACUUGAUGAUCAUAGACACCAACCUAGUAAGAUGCUCCAUGGAAAGAGAGAUUCAGGUGGCAGUCCAGUUAUAGAGGAAAGUCAUCAGCCAGAAAUCUCUUCAAGAAAUUCUCAAAAGUCCAACAUUCAAGGAGUUGCAGCCCAAAUAUGCACUUCAACAGCAAAAUGCGAAGACAGGCACAAUCCUUUUGAGAGAUCUGGUGGAUGGAUAUUCCCAGAUGAAGCAAUACAUUUUUGUAUAACAACUAGUGGUAAAAAGGUGAUGGAUUUUCUAGGAGGUCACAAUUUGAUAAAGCCAGGUAUGCAUCAAGAUGGGAAGAGUUUGUCUCCUCCAGAAAAUGCAGUAGACCAGCAGGAAAACGCGGAUAGCAGUAAUGGUAAUGAAGUGAACAGAAAUGAGAAGAAGAACAGACCAAGAGAACAACAUAAGGUUCAGAAAUCAGAAGAAACAGAAACUUCUGGAGUGGCAGUUGGACAGGCAAUAAAAGCUGCAAUAAUGAUUGGAUUUGGAACACUUGUUCUCCUCACUAGACAACGAAAAAUAGAUGAAUUUUGCCUGUGGAUACUCAUUGGUUAUAAUCCAAACUUGGGUCAGAAGAGUUGGAACCACCAUUUGUUGAUGAAUCAGAUGAAUUGUCAAUAA